UUAUUAGAACACGGAGUCCUAGCAUAUUUAACCGUUGUUUAUUGGUUGAGAUUUUAAGGACAUCUUAAUUGUUGAGAUAUUGUUGGAACACUGAUGAUUGGUACGACGUUUUAAGCAGUAUUCACAAGAGUUUCAUUCUUCGAAGUAAAUAGAUAUCAAAUUACCAGAUUGACAUGUAUCUUUGAAAUCGAUAAGCAACAUUUAAUACAAAUAAUUGUUAAUGGAUUUGUAUGUAUUUUGAAAUAAAUGUAAAUCGUACGUGAAAUAAAUAGACUCCCUUUGUGUGAUUAAUUAUCAAUUUGUAAAUAAGAACAUCUUCGACGUGUUACGAAUGUAACCUACAAAUAGUGUUAGGAGGUGUAUUUAUUUAUUAACGAAGAUGUUAUCUACGAUUGUAAAAGAGCAUCAAAGUAAACAGGCAGCAAGAAAAGAGAGGCAAGAACAAAAACGAAGAGAAGCUGUUCAAGCCGCGAGUAAUUUGACGCAAGCUUUAGUUGAUCAUUUAAAUGUAGGGGUAGCCCAAGCAUAUCUAAAUCAAAAGAAAUUAGAUGCAGAGGCAAAGCAAUUGCAACAUAGUGCAACGAAUUUUGCAAAACAGACACAAUCUUGGCUGAAUGUGGUAGAAUCUUUUUCGAGUGCAUUGAAAGAAAUUGGUGAUGCAGAAAAUUGGGCACGUAGUAUCGAAGGAGACAUGAGGACUAUAGCUACUGCUUUGGAAUAUUCUUACAAAGCAACUCAAGAAACUCAAGGAGCCAGUGCUACAUAAACAUAUCUGAAGGAUCACAAAUAAGAUUUGAUUGCAAUUUUUUUAUUUAAAAGAAUCAUAGUUAUAAGAAUUAUUGAAUGUUAUGGAAUCUAUCUUAUUUUGAGUUAAUAUUAUGUACUAAAAUAAAUACGAAUAUGUUUUCUUA